AUGGAUUCUCAAAGGCAAUCUUCUAGGUUUUUAGACUUACUAAACAGUCAAGUACCUAACAAUGAAAACCCAUCUCAGUUACUGAGUUUUUCACCUAGUCCAGCCAAUGAAAACCCAUCUCAGUUACUGAGUUUUUCACCUAGUCCAGCCGUUGGAGGAUCUUCUUCACGUGCACAAACUGGUGAGGAGCGUAAGCAAAGGUAUAAGUGGUCAACAACUGAAGACCUGGUCCUCAUCAGUUCAUGGCUGAACACCUCCAAGGAUCCAGUAGUUGGGAAUGAGCAAAGGGCAGGAACGUUUUGGAAGAGGAUUACCUCUUAUUAUAAUGCAAGUCCGAAGGUGGUUGGUUUCGCUAAGAGAGAGCCAAGCCACUGUAAGCAAAGGUGGGGAAAGAUAAAUGAAGGUGUCUGCAAGUUUGUGGGGUCAUAUGACGCUGCAUCCAAACAGAAGAGCAGUGGCCAAAAUGAAGAUGAUGUUUUGAAGGCUGCACAUGAAAUUUUUUUCAACGAUUACACGGUUAAGUUCACAUUGGAGCAUGCCUGGCGGGAGCUUAGGAAUGAUCAGAAAUGGUGUGGGACUUAUGGAAGUAGUCAACAAAGCUCUGGUGCAAAAAGAAAGAGGGUGGGGGAACAACAAUCUUUUCAGUCAUCAGCAUCUAUGCCGAGUGUCAAUGGAGAGGAUUCUUCAACAGCAGCUAGGCCUAUUGGCGUUAAGGCAGCAAAAGCCAACAAGGGUAAAAGGUCAGUGGGAGAAGAAGAGAAGAUUCUGCAAGGGUUUCAGUAA